AUGAAGGUUACCCUCGCGGCCAAGGCCCAACAGGUGGCGUACCCGGCGUUCCUCUUGGCGAACUACGUCAACAGCACCAAGGACAUCGAUGGCAACGUCGAGGUCGACAUUGUCGACGAUAAGGAAGUCGGCGAGGCCAAGGAACUGGUGCAAUUGGAAGACGGCACCACCGUGAUCGCCGGCCAAAAGAACGUCAUCACCUACUUGGCGGAAAAGUUUCAAAUCCCCAAGGGCGCGUGGCAAUGGUCGGAAUUCGCCUUGGAAAAGUUGUACAACAAGAACUUUGGUGUGUUGAAGGACGACCUUGAGAAGCUCAACGCUCACCUCAACUUGCGCUCGUACAUCGACAACUACGCGUUGACGGUGUCGGACAUUGUCGUGUGGGGGGCCAUCAGAGCCAACCCGCUCAAGAUGAACUACGACAUGUUCAUCAACGUCGGCAGAUGGUUCGACUACUUGGGUCUGGACCACCGGUUCCAAGCCGCUAUUGACCACUACGUCAAGCUUUUGAAGGACUUGAGAGCGGCGGAAAAGGUGGCCAAGGCUGGUGGUAAGAAGGAAACCCACAAGGCCAACUUCGACAUCGACUUGCCCGGUGCCGAAGUGGGUAAGGUCGUCACCCGGUUCCCCCCUGAACCCUCUGGGUACUUGCACAUCGGACACGCCAAAGCUGCUGUGCUCAACGAAUACUUUGCCCACCAAUACAAGGGUAAGCUCAUCAUCAGAUUCGACGACACCAACCCUCUGAAGGAGCGUAUGGAAUUCCAGGACUCUAUCAUCGAAGAUUUGGCGUUGUUGGGCGUCAAGGGUGACGUGGUGCUGUACUCGCUGGACUACUUCGACAAGAUGUACGACCUUGCGCUUAAGAUGAUCAAGGAAGGCCACGCCUACUGUGACGACACUCCUGUCGACAAGAUGAGAGAGGAACGUAUGGACGGUAUUGCUCUGGCUCGCCGCGACCGUCUGGUGGAAGAAAACUUGAAGAUCUUCACCGAAGAAAUGAAGCAAGGUACCGAAGAAGGGCAAAAACACUGCUUGCGGGCUAAGCUCGACUACGCCAACCCCAACAAGGCGUUGAGAGACCCCGUCAUCUACAGAUGCAACUUGACUCCCCACCACCGUACCGGCACCACCUGGAAGAUGUACCCCACCUACGACUUCUGUGCCCCCGUGGUCGACUCGCUUGAAGGCGUCACCCACGCCCUCAGAACCAACGAAUACCGUGACCGGAACCCCCAAUACGAGUGGAUGAUCAAGACCCUCGGCUUGCGCCCCGUCACCAUCUGGGAUUUCGCCCGGGUCAACUUCGUCCGCACCUUGUUGCUGAAGAGAAAGUUGCAAUGGUUCGUCGACAAGCAGUUUGUGCUGAACUGGGACGACCCUCGUUUCCCCACCGUGAGAGGUGUCAGAAGACGCGGGAUGACCGUCGAAGGGUUGCGCAACUUCAUCAUUGCUCAAGGUCCCCUGAGAAACGUCAUCAACUUGGAAUGGUCGCUGAUCUGGGCGUUGAACAAGAAGAUCAUCGACCCCAUCUGCCCCAGAUUCACCGCCAUUGACGCUAAGGACGCCGUGGUUGUGAACCUUGACGGCCCCGCUGAAGCCAAGACCGAACAACGGCCCAAGCACAAGAAGAACCCCGACGUCGGCACCAAGCCCGUGAUCUUCGCCAACAAGAUCUUGUUGUCGCAAGAAGACGCUGCUCUGUUGGGUGACAACGAAGAAGUGACGUUGAUGGACUGGGGUAACGCUAUUGUCACCGCCAUCCACAAGGAUGCUUCCGGUAAGGUGACCUCGGUCGACGCCAAGUUGAACUUGGACGGUGACUUCCGUAAGACGCUGAAGAAAUUGACCUGGAUUGCCGACACCCCCGACAAGAUCAAGGUGCAACUCGUCGACUUUGACCACUUGAUCACCAAGGACAAGUUGGAAGAAGGCGACAACUUUGAGGACUUCAUCACCCCUCAAUCGGAGUUCAAGACCGACGCCAUCGCCGACUUGAACGUGAGAGACUUGAAGGAAGGUGACAUCAUCCAGUUCGAAAGAAAGGGCUACUACCGUCUCGAUAAGCAAGGCGAUGUCCCCGUGUUGUUCUCCAUCCCCGAUGGUAAGAACGCCGGCAAGAAGUAA